CCCGUCGCCGCCCCCACUCGCGCACAAAACCCCCAAACCCCCCAAGCGCGCGGCCGCAAACACCCAUCACACAGCGCAGCACGGAGCGCGUGCGUCACGCCACCGCCCGCCCACCCCAUCCAGGCAUCCGUCACCCGCGGCCCGCGAGCACCCAUGGCGAAGGGAGGAGGAGCGCGCGAGGGCGGCGCCCUGAAGACGGCGGUGAUCGUCGCGGGUGGGAUCGCGCUCGCGUGGGUCACCGUGGAGACCGCCUUCAAGCCCUUCCUGGACCGCCUCCGCGGCGCCGUCUCCCGCAACACCGACCCCGCCCGCGACCCCGACCAGGAGGAGGCCCCCGCCGCCGCGGCCGAGGCGAAGGAGGAGGAGAAGGCGCCCGCACCGGCGGAGCCGUCCGCGCCGCCGGCCCCGGCCGCGGUGGAGGAGAAGGUCGAGGAGAAGGCGGCCGAGUUGGAGGAGAAGGUGGAGGAGGCCGCCGCCGCCGCCGCCAAGGCCGAGUGAAGGGGAUGCCGCCCUGUCCUGUUCCUCUUCUGAAUAGUAUGCUGUUGGUUCUGUGAAUCUGUUCUGUGAUUUCGGAGCUUGUCGUUGUCAUGGAAUCAUGGAUUGAUGCAGAGUUUGAACCGCAUAAUUUCAGUACCAGCGCCAUCAGUAA